AUGUUUUCGCGAGUCCAUAUUAGAAGUCUAGCUUCUGUGAAUUAUCUAGUCAAAUCGAUUCCAAGGUCCACCCCAGUACCCAGCAUAUCCAAAAAGAAAGAACCAAAGGUUUCUGAUUCUCAUCUUGCACCGAGUGGAGACUUUUCUCGUUUCUUGUAUACCUGUGAUGACCUCAACGAGUACUUUCGUGCACCAGAAUACGAAGCACCUACGUCGGGCCAAAUCGACGAAGCCGAAGCCUUAUUUAGUGGGAAUGGAGUCAAACACGAAUUCACAUGUGCUAAUUAUAAUGAUCUACCUGAUCUUAAAGUUGCCAGGCAAGAGGAAAUUAGACGCAGAAAGUUGGAUAAAGUUGAUUUGACCAAUUGGUCAGAGUAUCAUGACAAUCUUGCUCUGUCAAGGACGUCGUUUGGUAUUCAGGCAUCGUUGCUCAAACCACUUCCGGAGAUAUUGCUCAUCGGACAUACAAACGCCGGAAAGCUGACAUUGAUCAACAAUCUUCUACUAAGUAGGCAGCAUGCAAAGGCUCCCAAGGCAGAGAUAAAGUACGCCCGUGUGUCGAAGAAAGCAGGAUACACUCAAUAUCUCAACUUUUUCAAUGUUGGAAAUAAGAUAAGAUUAGUGGAUAGUCCGGGAUAUGGAAGGUUUGGUAAGAGAGAGCAAGGAAACCUAGUAAUGCAAUAUAUCCGUGAACGGAAACAGCUUCGAAGAACGUAUAUUGUCAUUGACAGUAACGAAGGAGUAAGAGAGGAGGAUGCACAUUUGAUUGAGUUUUUGGUGGAGUGCGGAGCACCGUUCGAGAUCAUUUUUACUAAGGUUGACAGUCUAGCACAGAAGACGUAUCCGGCGUUCAAUUUCCAUCCAGCUAAAGACAGUGUGGAGGAACGUAUGGCAUCAUACAAACUUGUUAAAGAGGGAAACAGUAGGAUUAUUACACACUUUCAGAAUAUUAUUGAAGAGUCUGGGUUGAACGAUUUGGCGACCUUACCAAGGCUACUCUUCAACAAUGGAAUGGGAGGCAAGUACUUGAAGAGAAGACAAGGAUACAGAGCCAUUCGGUUCUCGAUGUUGGAAAGUUGUGGGUUAAUCAAACGACCUGGGAAGCCCAUGUUAGUGGAAGCACCUAUUUCCAAUGAGGAGAACAAGGGACGACGUAAACGAGUGACUAGAUCACCACGAGUGAAAGACAACAACGAUAGAUAA